CCGUUGGGUGGUGAGGGGGGUGGGGCAAGGGCAGAGUGCAGUAAAAGGGCUCCUCGGCACCCGAAAGCAAGCCACCGGUUACCCGCAUUGCCCGCAGCCUACGCAGAGGUGCAGGGAACCUGCAGGGAUCCUCACUGCCCGAGGGCCUGGGUGAGUCACCGCCAGGUUGUCGCAAUCGCUGUCCGGAGGAAAUCAGGCCCGGGGUGGGGCGCGUUCCUGGUUGCCUCCGUGAGCUCUGACCGCACCAGGGUGUCCCCUGGAUCGCCGACUGCUGGGUCUUCUCGUCUGCUCCCUCUGCGGUGGCCACUGCUUGGCCUGGGCCUCUCGGGGAGAGUUAGCCUUCGGGGACAACAGGGACCCCAGAGGAGGAGGGAAGGAGACCGCCGUAGUUCUGAGAGUUCUCCCUCCCCUUCGCCCCGCAGAGGUGAAGGGAGUGAGGCGGGCGUCGCUGAGUCCCCGGAGCCCGGCUCCGGGUCGGACGCUGUGUUUUCGGAGCUGUGCGGGACUGCUUGGGACUUGGGAAUCCCUCUACUGCGCUCAGAUCUCCUGGGGACCCCUCCCCGAGGGCGUGCCGAGACAUGGAGGGCGCAGACCUGGCCUUGAAGCUCCUGUCCACCUGGCUGACGCUGGUGGUCGGCCUCAUCGUGCUGCCCUCGGCCUUCGGAUUAUCUCUAGGCAUCUCGGAGCUCUACAUGAAGAUCCUGGUGAAAACCUUGGAGUGGGCCACAUUGCGAAUUGAAAAAGGAGCCCCAAAGGAGUCGGUUCUUAAAAACUCAGCUUCUGUGGGUAUUAUCCAAAGAGAUGAGUCACCCAUGGAAAAAGGGCUCUCUGGUCUUCGAGGAAGGGACUUCGAGCUCUCUGACGCAUUUUAUUUCUCCAAGAAGGGAUUGGAAGCCAUUGUGGAGGAUGAAGUGACCCAGAGGUUCUCCUCUGAGGAGCUAGUGUCAUGGAACCUCCUCACAAGAACCAAUAUCAACUUUCAGUACAUCAGUCCAAAGCUCACUCUGGUGUGGGUGCUGGGUGUGCUAAUACGCUAUUGCUUUCUGCUACCACUGAGGGUUACUCUGGCUUUCAUUGGGAUCAGUUUGCUGAUUAUAGGAACUACACUGGUGGGACAGCUUCCAGACAGCAGCAUCAAGAACUGCCUGAGUGAGCUGGUCCACCUGACCUGCUGCAGGGUCUGUGUCCGGUCCCUCUCUGGCACCAUUCAUUAUCAUAACAAGCAGUACAGACCCCAGAAGGGAGGCAUUUGUGUCGCCAAUCAUACAUCCCCCAUCGAUGUCUUAAUCUUGACAACAGAUGGAUGUUACGCCAUGGUUGGACAGGUUCAUGGUGGAUUGAUGGGGAUCAUUCAGAGAGCCAUGGUUAAGGCUUGUCCACACGUCUGGUUUGAGCGCUCAGAAAUGAAGGACCGACACCUGGUGACAAAGAGAUUGAGAGAACACGUCGCUGAUAAGAAAAAGUUGCCCAUAUUAAUCUUCCCGGAAGGUACCUGCAUCAACAAUACUUCCGUCAUGAUGUUUAAAAAGGGAAGCUUUGAAAUCGGAGGGACCAUAUAUCCAGUGGCAAUAAAGUAUAACCCCCAGUUUGGUGAUGCGUUCUGGAACAGUAGCAAAUAUGGCAUGGUGAGCUACUUGCUUCGAAUAAUGACCAGCUGGGCCAUCGUCUGCGAUGUGUGGUACAUGCCUCCCAUGACCAGAGAGGAAGGAGAAGAUGCAGUUCAGUUUGCAAACAGGGUUAAAUCUGCUAUUGCUGUACAAGGAGGAUUGACUGAACUUCCUUGGGAUGGAGGGCUGAAGAGAGCAAAGGUGAAGGACACCUUUAAGGAAGAACAACAGAAGAAUUACAGCAAGAUGAUCGUGGGCAACGGAUCUCCCAACUUGGAACUGGACUAACCUGCCGUGGUUGAACACGACUUCCCAGAGCCGGGCUUUUGAAGUGAAGUUUUAUAACGUCGUUUCGUUGUACUGUCUUUCGCUGGUUUAUCACUAAUCUUUUCUACUGGAUGAUUGUCUCUACCUCUUCACACCAGAGGCAGGACCUACAGGUGCCCUUUUGUGACAUUUUUGUUGCAGUGUGGGCUCAAUGAACGGUAUGGUCGAUUCUUGAGUGGAAACAGAUUCUGCCUUUUGUAAAAUGACGUGUCAUUGAUGAUUGAAUGAAAUAUUUGUAUGUAAAGUGCUUCUAGAGUGUGUUUGGAACUUGUUAAUAAGGUAUUUCUCGAAAACAACUCCAAACUCUGUGGUUUGAUCUCCUUCUCCCCUUAAUCUUUUAUUAUUAUUGUCGUUAUUUUUUAUUUUUUUGAGACAGAGCCUUAUUUUUAUAGCCCAGGCUGGCUUCAAACUCACUACGUAGCCAAGACUGACUGGGAACUCUUGACUAUCCUGGCUCCACUUCCCAAGUGGAUUGCAGGCCUGUACCAUCACAUCUAGCUGUGGGAUGACACCACAGGGUGUUCCCAUUAAGGCCACAACCAUGGUUACAUUCUGCUAUACGGUGGAGAGAAAAAUGGAGGACUGUUUUUAGGGAAAAGGGCAACUUUGUGGUCAUCUGAUCUGAAGAGAGAUUGAUUAGAUUCACUUCAGGAGCCUGUAGGAGCAGGGUUUGUUCCCACAACACAUUUCAUCCAGCCAUCGUGGGAAAUACACGCCUAGCUUUUCUUGUUUCUAUACUAGAUCUCCCUUGUCUUUUGUUUUGUUUUGUGUUGUUGUUUGUUUGUUUGUUUUCCGAGACAGGGUAUCUCUGUGGCUUUGGUGCUGUCCUGGAACUAGCUCUUGUAUACCAGGCUGGCCUCGAACUCACAGAGAUCCGCCUGCCUCUGCCUCCCAAGUGCUGUUAUUAAAGGCGUGGGCUACCACCGCCUGGCUUGUUUUGUUUUUUUGUAACAAGACGUGUUUUUCAAAGGGAAGAAGUCUUUGGAAAAACAAUGACACUAUCUUGAGUAUGAAGGAGUGAGUGUUUGUGGAACUUGCCUCCUGUCCCCCACCAACCUCAUUGUAGUGGUUUAGCCCCAAACUUUCCGAGCCUUCUAAGCAGAAACCUAAGUGGUAUGAUUACCUUUUGGAAACUGAGCCUUAACAUGUUUAAAGGGGAAACGAGCAUUCUCCGAGCCCAAUAGCAUUAGCAAUAUCUGAUAGCAAUGAAAUUCUGCUGUGAGCUCUUGAGGCUAUUAGCUUAAGAGUGACCCUGUACAGAAAGUGAACUGUCUUACUGACUAUGAAUAAAUUUUAUAUUUUUAAA